ACUGUGGGAGGAACCUCAUAUAGAUACAAGAAGAAGAUGCAAAUUUUAGGCAGACAGGGCUCUGGUCAGAUUUCAUUUCAAGGCUUGAGGCAGGUGAGGCAGCGACGUUCCCCAAUGCACCAUCAAGCUGAAUGUGUAAAUUCAAUAGAGGGAGAAAUUAGUGCAAAUCUUACUCAAUUAAUUCGGUUGAUGUAUAUCUGCAGAGAUUCCUGAAUUUCUUAAAAAACAUUUCAAAAUAUCCACAUAUCUCUGUCCCCAGGGUAACAGCUUGUCUUUUGCAGAAGACAAUUAAAAUCUUGCCACAAAAUCAUACUGUGGUCAGAGCAAUGGAAUUUCCCAAUAAUUCUCAAUUAUUGAACAGGAACAUGUUUGCGCUUGUGGGAAUUCCUGGCCUGGAGUCUGAUCACAUCUGGAUCUCUAUUCCCCUCUCCAUUAUGUACCUGACUGCAAUUCUAGGGAACGGAGUCAUAUUGUUCCUUAUUGCAUCUGAAGAACAACUCCAUAAUCCCAUGUGUUAUUUCCUCAGUGUAUUGUCCCUCACAGAUAUCUUCUUGUCCAACUCAAUUGCCCCCAAGAUGCUCAGUAUCUUCUGGGUCAACCACAAGGAGAUUGACUUUGUCUCCUGCCUCACACAGAUGUUUUUUGUCCACUUUCUCUCGACUCUGGAGUCUGGCAUCUUGCUGGCUAUGGCCUUUGAUAGAUACGUGGCCAUAUGCAAUCCCUUGCAUUACACAAGCAUAUUAACAAAUAUUCUCAUUCAAAAGAUAGUGGGGGCCCUUAUAAUCAGAGGAACUAUCAUUGUGACCCCCUUAACCAUCAUGGCCAGCAGACUCCCGUACUGUGGGACACACCAUAUCUCCCAUUCGUACUGUGAUCAUAUGUCCGUGGUGAUGUUGGCUUGCACAAGCACCACCAUAAACAGUGCAUAUGGACUUACUGUGGUUUUACUAGUUGUUGUGUUUGAUGCAGCUUUUAUAGGGUUGUCCUACUCCAUGAUUCUCAAGACAGUUAUGGGACUCUCCACUAGGACAGCCAAUAAAAAGGCUUUGAGGACCUGCACAUCCCAUUUCUGUGUUAUUUUAUUGUUCUACAUGUUGGGGCUAUUCUCCAUAAUUACCCACCGGAUCGGUCACAUUGUACCCUCCAUUCACGUAACCUUUUCCAACCUCUAUCUGCUCUUCCCACCCAUGCUGAACCCCCUAGUGUAUGGAGCGAAGACCAAGGAAAUCAGGAAUGCAGCCUUCCGCCUGUUUUCAUUAAUUUCCAUGGAAAGAACUGUCAACUUUUAGCCUAUACACAAUAAAGUUCAUUGCUUUUCCCCCUGCCUUUUGGUUUGUCACAUACAAUGCCUAUUUUACAUCAACUGUUCCUAAAAUAUACAGAACUUGGGCCCAGUGAUGGAGUUGAAUCAAUAAUUACACCACAAAACAGUGUUAUUUAGUCAUUUAUGAGCAGGAGACUCAAUACAAGAGACUGCAGAAGGUUUUUUUUUUUAUCUUCAUAGUCUUCUGCCAUUCUAGUCUGACCAUUGUAUCAGUCGUGCAAAAUAAGUAAAAAAUGGCAACUCUAUAUGUACGUAUGUUGCAGUCCAUCAGCCACUUUGCUCCUUUCUUCCUCCCCCUGGCCCUGG